AUGGAAUCCGUCAUGGCAAUCAGUGGUUGUGCUGCUGAUCAACGGGUUAGGUAUGCUUCUUGUUCUUUUCUUGAUGAAGCAUUAUUCUGGUGGAACUCGCAAGUUCAAAUUUUGUGGGAAGACGCUGCCUAUGGUCUAACCUGGAACGGACUUAAAGAGAUGCUCCUAAAGGAAUACUGCCUGCAUAGUGAGAUACAGAAGAUCGAGACCGACUUCUGGAAUCUAACCAUGGAAGGUCUGAAUGUCAGAGCUUACACAUAUCGGUUUAACGAUUUGGCAAGGUUAGUUCCACGGAUGGUCACUCCUGAGUAUGUUAGGAUAGAGAGGUACAUUUGGGGGCUAUCGCCACGAAAUCAUAGUAUGGUCACAUUAGCGAAACCCACUACCUAUCUAGAAGCUACUACAUUGGCGAAAUCGUUAGCGGAUGACGCUGCUCACAAAGGUAGCCUUAACAAGAAGGAGGAAAUCGGGAAGUCAUCGGGCAAGGCCAAUGCAGACGUGAAAUCUGAACGGUCGGAGCAUUCUGAGUCUAAAUCGGGAGAUUCGAGGAAGCGUAAGUCCGAGAGCACGAGGAAGGAGUCCGAUGAGAAGCGUGACAGGAAAUGCAGUUCGGGGAAGGCGUAUGUAGCAAAUUCUAGCAGUUCUAGAAGGGAUAAUUUCAGGGAUGGCAGGAGUAGUUCUGAGAAAAAGACUCACGAGGAUGAGCAGAGAAAGUGCGCAAGGUGUGGUCAAACUGGGCAUGUUACCCGCGAGUGCUAUGCUAAAAGUACUUCGGAGGGGGCGAAGCUAGAGGGAUGCUUCCAGUGCGGUGAACAGGGACAUUUCAAGAGGGAUUGUUCUAAAGCAAAGGGUCAGAAUGCAAGAGGUAGAGCGUUCGAGCUAAACGCUGGAAAGGCACGUGACGAUCCUGCUGUUGUUACCGUUAUGUUUUUGAUCAAUAACCAUUCUGCGUUCGUACUCUUUGAUACUGAGGCUGAAUUGAGUUUUGUUUCGAAAAACUUUUAA